AUGCAAAGCUCUUCGAUUCUUUGCUAUUCUCCAAAUCCCAUUUCAACCCAUCUGCAUCUCUCAGGUCCUCACGCACUUGCGUUUUUUCACGGAAAAAAUCAGUUGAAUUCGAAGCCUGUGGUUUCAUUCUCCUGCAAAUCACCAUGGCCGUCUCUACAUAAACGCCCACAAUCGCGCUUUGCUAUCAAAUCGUCUGCUACUAAAGAGAUUGUUGAGACUACUUCAUCAGCUUCCAGCUUUGUUGAGACUGGUUACAUUUUUGGUGUCCAUGGGCUCCAAGGAGAGGUUCGUGUAAAACCGAACACAGAUUUUCCCGAACUGCGAUUUUCCGAGCCAGGAACAAGAUGGUUGAAGCAGCAAGUAAUGGGAAUCGAGACUAUUAAAGAAAUCGAGCUGGUGGAGGGUCGAGGGCACCCUGGAAAAAAUUGGAUUGUGAAAUUUAAUGACAUAAACACAGUAGAAGAGGCACAAAAAAUUGUUGGGGCAACUAUAUUGGUGACAGAUGAAGAUAGACCAGCCUUAGAGGAAGGCGAGUUCUACACUCGCGACCUUAUUGGAAUGAGAGUUAUUCUUAAGGAAUCAGGAGAAUCAGUAGGAACUGUUGUCAAUGUUUUCAAUAGUGGAGCAAGCGAUCUUCUGCAUGUGAAGUUGAGCUCGAUAAGAAAUAUUCCUGACCAGAAUGGAAAGUCAAAUGUUGUAGAAGGUGAUUCUGGUCAACUAGCGUGGGUCCCAUUCGUUAAAGCAAUUGUUCCUGUUGUUGAUCCGGAAAAAGGAGAAAUGUUGAUUACACCUCCGAAAGGGCUCUUAGAGUUAAAUAUUCGCUCGAAUGACAAGAGCAAGAAAGAAAGGCGGGAGCUUGAAUGGAAAGAAAGACAAAAGUUCCAAAGGCGCUUGAUGGCAGCUAAAAAGAAACUGCGUGAAAUAAAUCAGCAACAUGUGUUUCACGGGUUUCGACACGGGGAGAAAGAUGAAAAGAGUUUGCUUGCAAAUCAAAUAGUGACUGUAAAUUCAAAAUUGCUUCGACAGGCUCUACAAAGUAUUGAGAACCCCUCUACAAGGUUGAACUUGCUCGAUGUUUUGAGUGUUGUGCCAAGAUCAAACACUCUAAAAGUAUCUAAAAGCAAAAAGCCGUCUGAUCCAUAUUCCAAAAUGCAACGAGAAGGAUGCCUUUUGACUUCUAGCGGAAAAACUGCCAUGGUUUUAAUGUUGGAUGGAAUUAAGAAAACUUCUGAUGCCAACGAGGAUCUAUGUGUGCUUAUGAAAGCAUUACUCGAGGAUGAGAAUAGAUUUGCUAAGAUUGAAGACCGUAAAACUGUGCCUCUUGUACUGGUCACUUCUUUUGGUUCGAGCUCUCUACAGGAAUUGUUCCUCGAUAAUGACUACUUUGCAUUUGAUCCGAAAAAGGUCUGGUUUCUAGAAGAUGGGAAGCUUCCAGUUGUCAGUAACACUUUUGGAGAGCAUAAGAUACUAAUGAAGUCACCCUGGGAAAUUCUCCAAAGACCAAUUGGAUCUGGAGGCUUGAUUACCUUAUUUUCAUCUCAAGAGCCAUUGUUAGAUCAACUAAGCGAAAUUGGCAUCGAGUAUAUUGAGCUUUGCAAUGCCAAAAGAAAACGUGAGGAUGGGCACGCACUUCUUGGACUCGUUCAUUCGCGCAAACUCAAUGCAAAUGUGGGGAUCCGACUUGUCAAAGGUCUCACGCAGGAAGAAGAUUUUCAAAUGAUAUUCUCCUUGAGUUUCUUCCGAAAGUUGACAAAACGGAUAAAAGAGCUUCGUUUUGAAGCCGUUAGCAGUUGUAAUUCGUACGUCGAGAAAGUCGACAAGGAUUGGGUCAAUGUCAUCCCCACGACUCCUAAUUCGUACGAGUUUCGGUCUUCGAUUUACAACGUAUUGGAUACUACACCUGUCGAUAAGGUGUGUGUGCUGGAUAGUAGAGAAUCUAGAAAUUGA